AUGUCUUUUAUCCUCAUUCAACAUGUGGUAUUGGCCCUUGCCGCGCUGAUACAUAAUGUUCAAGCCCAGUGUCCAGAUUUCAACGCGGGUUUCGAUCAGAAUAAGGUGGUCUCUCAGGCACAGCUACUGUCGUCUCACAGCUGGGAAUUUGGCACUUGUGCUGAAGCACUUUUGGAAUUGUACGACGCCGACCUGUCUGUAUUCUCCUCUAGUGCUUUCCCUAAUGGUCAACUACCUCGGCCAGAUACAAGGAUAGCCUCACUAUCAUACGCAAUGCCGCGCAUUUCGCUUUCUGGAAACACCCUCGUAGGCAGCGAUGGCGCUGCAGGAGACCCAUGCUCAUUGGGAGUCAGCGCACUUCUCAUUGGCCAAACGAAUGGAGACUAUUACAACGCUGCGGAGCGCCAGAAGGGGCACAUUCUAAACACGGUUCCUCGAUUUGCGAACGGCGCCAUCUCACAUCGUGAAAACGACAUCGAAGCCUGGUCCGAUUUUAUCUUUAUGGCUCCUCCCUUCCUAGCCUACACUGCCGUCCGUGACAACGACUUAGGUCUAAUGCAACAAGCGGUUUCGCAGUGCUCCUUGUACCGGGGGAUCCUACAACCUUCCGGCUCGACUUGGCAGCAUAUCGUUCCCGGCCCAAGUGGGACUACAGAUCGCGGAAUUUGGAGUACAGGCAAUGGUUGGGCCGCUAUGGGCAUGGCACGAGUACUCGCUACUAUCAUGCAUUGGCCAAAUGGCGCAUCCAACCUUGGACAGCAACAGAACCAGCUUACAGGUUGGAUUAAGGAGAUAGUAGAUGGAGCGCGCAAUGCAGGCCGUGACUCUAGUGGGCUGCUACGAAAUUAUCUGCCAGACAAUAGCUGGUUUGGCGAGACUAGCGGGACCGCAUUAUCGGCUCAGAUUGAUCUGAUUGAGUUGAUUCAUAUCACUGCCGCGUUGCUGGCUGCCGUUGUGUACCGCAUGGCCGUACUGGCGCCAGGAACGUUCACCAGGGACUAUGUCAACUGGGCUGAUGACAGUCGUCGGGCAGUGGCGUCCCAUAUCGACUCUAGUGGUAUACUGUCGCCUGCAGUGAAUCCAACAGACUGGUUGAAUAGAACACCAUUCAAGACAGGAUCUCCAGAGGGUCAGAGUUUCGGUGCUAUGCUGUACGCGUCGUACAGGGACUGUGUGUGCGCUGGAAAAUGCUCGUAG